AAUUAGUUUUGUGUUGUCCUCAUGCAAUGCCCAAAUCUUCCUGGUUCGGUAGCAACGUUCCUGGUCUGACGGACUCCACCGAAACAAUCAGAGAAGAACGUGUACAUUUUCAGAAGAGGAUAAAACCGAGGGUGCUGUUGCAAACAGAUGCGAGCGUCAACAGAGAGGUUACCAUGACGACACUGGCACUCGAGGCACAUACCCAGCAGGUCACUGGCAUAGUUGUAAUCACGGGGAGUGCCGAGGAGUCUGCACCGCCGGCUCGCCAUUCUCACCACAGUGCGAAGGCGUGGGUCGGCGUCAUUUCUAUUAUCUUUGGUACCCUUUCUGUGGCCAUGACAGUCUUUGGCAUCCUUGACUACAACCUGUGCCCAGGCCACACCCGACUGGCCAUCUACAUGAUAGUCCAGGGAGCCACCUCUGUCGUCAUCCCCAUCCUGGCCUUGUGUUGGUGCUGCUGCACGAGGAUAAGUGGUACAUUCAUAACCGCUACCUGUGCCAUCAUUGGAUUGUUUAAUAUCGGAUGGGGAAUCACAGGAACCAUCUGGCUGACCAAAUCCUCAUGCCUGGAUACACUUCUACACGUCCACGCUGUUGGCUUCUCUAUACCCCUGUGGAUCUUCUUUUGCCUCGUGUGCGGAUGUUCCCGUCGCGAGGACGACGAUGACGACGAUUAAAUAUAUGGUGGGUUGGGCAGUUGUUCCACCUUGGAUGAACUAGGUCACUCGAACUGCGCUUUACUCGUCGGGCUGAGAUGGGAUUUGUGCAGCAGCUGCAGAAAUAACGAUCUUGUCAGAUCAUAUCACAGCAGAAUUGAAUAGCUUAUCUAAGGACAUUUUAGUUACAAAUAUAAAGUUGUUACUUACGUUUUUUAAACGAUCAGGUUGUCCAAAGACGCGGUGCAUGGGUCUAAUUGUACAUAUUCGUAAGAAAAGCAUACUGCUUCAGCCAACAAUUACAGGUAUUUUAUCAAAUGUGUCAUACACAUUUUUAAUAAUUGACAAAGAAUGGUGUAUAAAUUGUUUAACUUCAAGCAUGCAUUCGUGAAAGUUACACUACUAUUGAUAUUGCUUUUAAAUUACUUACACCAUUUAUCUACAGCAUUAUCUUUCCAGAAGAUAAAUCAUAUGCAUCUUUUAUAGUCUCUUCUAAAAUGUUACUUCAUGCCAAGCGCAAAAGCGUGAUAGAUUCUAGAGUAAAGCUUGUGGUGUGUUGGAUAUUCAACUUUAUCUUGAAAUGGUACAGUUAUGACCUGUUUCAUUGCCUCUGAUGUAUAUUUCUGAUAAAGAUUUUGGAUUAAAGAAUAGACUUUU